AUGGGUACCUAUGACGACCCUAUUGGCGCUCUUCUGAUCGGCACAUGGGUUUCGUCCUUGUUGGAAAUGCUGAUCAUCACGAACACCAUCGAAUAUUAUACCAACUUUCCGAAGGAUUCCUUAUUCAAAAAAAUAUUCAUUGGGGCGGUAGUCGUUGUAGACUUUAUCUCGCUGGUUUCGGCGUACAUCACUGUGUACCUGGUCUGCGUGACGUUUUGGGGAGACGAAGUUGCCAUCCAGAAGCAGUUUUGGUCCAUCCCGAUGUGUCUCGCGAGCACGGGACUCGUCACUAUCUUUUCUCAAGGUUUCCUGAUUUAUCGUGUUUGGAUCUUGUCAAAGAACUGGCUCAUUAUGAUCUUGUUGUCGUUGGGUGCCCUAGCUGCAAUGGCCUGUGUAACCACCGCGGCAGGAUUCUUCGGGACUUACAGAGAAUACUCCGAACGCCACAGGGCCAGUGUUGCGGUCAUUGUUUGGUUGGCGACUACUACUGCCACGGAUAUUGGCAUCACAGGGGUGCUUAUUUUUUGGUUGUAUAACAUGAAGACGACGUUCAAGCAUACUGAGAACAUCAUCCGUCGUUUGAUUAGAGUUGCCGUUCAAACUGGAUCUGCAUCCAGUCUGAUUGCUAUCGGGGUGCUUAUUUCUUAUAUUAUCAAUGACGCGAGCAACAUUGAAUCCGGCAUUACAUUCGUUCUCUCCCGGACUUAUGUUUUGACGCUGUUAUACAAUGUCAACGUACGUUCUUCAAACCAGGCCCUGUUAAUGCCCAGCCACGGCACUUCAGACCUUGAGCGCGCUUCAGCGCCUGUAGUCUCUUUCAGCGAGAUACAUGUACAUCGUACGGCUCACGUACAUAUCGACGAAGACUAUCCUAUGAAACCUAGCACUAGGAAGACGGUUACUGCUUUCAAUCACGACGAUCUUGGAUCCAACAAGAUUGAGAACGAAAUUGACACGGAAUCUGACCAGGCAUCUCAGCCCAAGCAGUAA